AUGGCUGCUGUGAUAAUGCAUGGAGAAUACGAAAAGGGUACUUACACUCUCAUGGGCGACACUGACAAGCGAGUGCCUGUUCGCACAGAACCACAAAAAGAGAUCAAACUGGUUCUGACAGUUAAUCGUCGAAAUUUGCCAAAGUGGAUUUUACUCGAAGCGAGCAAGCACAAAUUGAGGGUGCAUGUCCAGGGGAUCAAACCUCUCGAUUCAGUCUCAACCGACGCUGACGACGACAUCGCGGAGACUGAGGCAUAUGAAGUCUUGGAUGAGCUCGCUCACGGAUACGACUCUAGCACUGAAGAAUACGCGGAUGAAGAAGGUACUACAGGAUAUUCCACUAGUUGGGAUUUUUAA